UCACAGUCCACAACUGACUGCAAAUAACACGGAGCGGAUUUCGACACGCUGUUUUCGUCGUCACAAAUCUUGAUCAAAUCUGGUUGCUAAAACUAUGCACAACAUAGUUGAUUAAAUUCAUUCAGAGACAGGUGCAAAAUGGGCCAUUUCAUCAAAACUUUGCUUACUGUCAAUAUUACGCAACGUAAAUAUUUACUGAAGAAAGUCGCCCCGUUAUCUUGUUUACACACACGAGUCGCACGACAGUUGAACACGGAUCAGCUGGUGAGCAGCAGAAGCAAAAGCAGGAAGAUGACCGAAAGUGACGUUAUAUUAGGAUUGCAGGAGGUCCGGGACAAAAUCAAAGCCGCCUGUUCGAAAAGACCACCGGGCGCCAAUGCUGCAGAGCCACGUCUCGUUGCUGUUAGCAAAACCAAGCCCAAAGAAUUAAUCAUUGCAGCCUAUAAUGUGGGCCAGAGGCACUUUGGAGAAAACUAUGUUCAAGAAUUGGAUGAAAAAAGCCAUGACGCAGAGCUGCUAGAUUUGUGUCCAGACAUCUGCUGGAACUUGAUUGGUCAUUUACAACGCAACAAAGUGAACAAAGUUGUCCAAAUGCCAAAUUUGUUCAUGGUGGAAACUGUCGACUCUGAGAAGCUGGCAACAGCCCUUAAUAAUGCAUAUGAGAAGUAUCGGAAAUCAUCGGAAAGUCGUUUAAAAGUUAUGAUUCAAGUGAAUACUAGUGGAGAGAAGGAGAAAAGUGGCUGUUCACCUGAAGAUGCGAGCUCCCUUGUUCAAUAUGUUAAAGAUAAAUGCCCUUGUUUGGAACUUGCUGGUCUCAUGACAAUUGGGCAGUAUAAUUUUGAUUUGUCUACAGGACCAAAUCCUGACUUUCUGAGCCUUGUUGCAUGUAGAAAAGAAGUGGCAUCAAAAUUAGGAUUGGAAGAAAAUAGCCUUGAACUGUCUAUGGGAAUGUCCACUGACUAUGAGCAUGCUAUUGAACUGGGGAGCACUAAUGUGCGAGUGGGAACCUCAAUUUUUGGUGAAAGACAAAAGAAACAGUGAAAAAAAGAUACAAAAAGAGAGGAUCUAAAGGGAAAGGUCUGCUGAUUGGUGUAACAGUUAAAGGGCUUCCAAUUUAGUCUGUGUAUUCAGAGAGAAAGAUGAUAGUUCAGAGA